AAUAGUGAACUAAAUUAAUAUUGCAAUUGAUGUAAAGUGUACAGUAUAGUAGCAGUUUGUCAAUUUGUCAAACGCGAUUUCUUUUUGACUCUCGCUGGCAUCCGUAGUUCACAGCAACCUAAACAUGGCGGCUACUCUUAGCAGCGCUAAAGGAUCCGAGCUAUCGAAAGCCGAGUAUUUAAAACGUUACUUAUCAAAAGACGAAGCUUCAAGCGCAUCGAAGGGGAAGUUGAAGAAGAAACGACGCAAAGUUGUUGGUAAAGGACUGAAGAUCGUGGACGACGAUGUCGACUGGAAGGAGAUGUUAAAAGAGGAGAAGGAAGCAAAGCAGGCAGAAGAAGAUGAUGAAGAAGCUCCAGUGAUUGCUGAGGUCAUUGAUGACCGUCCAGAGGAGGUGAAACACCUGGAAAUAUUCAAGACUGGCAACAGAUGGAAAGUUAUUGGUGUUGACGAAGAUAAACAUUCAGAGAAUGAGCCUGAUACAGAGCAUCAGAAUUCAUCAGACCUAUCCCCUGCCAAGAGAGCUCGCCACGACUCUCCUGAUAUUUCCCCUCCGAGAAGAAGUCGCCACGACUCUCCUGAUAUUUCCCCUCCGAGAAGAAAUCGCCAUGAUUCACCAGAUCUUUCACCUCAGAGGAAAAAGCGCCAUGACUCUCCGGACAUUUCUCCUCCGAGAAGAAGUCGCCAUGACUCACCGGACAUGUCGCCUCCACGGCGACACAAGGGCAAGUCAGUGAAGGGACACAAUAAAGAUAAAUCACCAGCAAAAAGAAAAUCGAGAAAAGAUUCCGACUCCGAUCAGUCACCACCGAGGAGAAAAACUGCUGGAGCAUCAGACUCUGAUCAGUCUCCUCCGAGGAGAGCAAGACAGGACUCAGAUUCAGACCAGUCUCCACCCAGAAGGCGACCACGUGGUGGAUCUGAUGAGGAUCUGUCACCUCCUCGCAGGCCUGGGCAGUCUCGGGAGAAGAUGCUUUCAGGUGGGAAGGCUGGUCUGGUGUCUAGAGAAGUUUUAAGAAAAGAACAAGAAGAUAAUCGGCGCAGAGAAAAAAAUAAUCGGCAACAAGAAGAUGAAUCACGCUCUUCUCAGACUGUAUUUCGGGACAAGACGGGUAAGAAAAGGGACUUGGCUUCUGAGAGAGAAGAGCUGGAGCGGCAAGCUGGAGAGAAGGCAGUCAAGGAUGAGAAAUACGCCCAGUGGGGGAGAGGACUGGCGCAGGGGCAGAUGCACCAGCAGAAACUGGAAGACGCUCUGCGUGAAGCCCAGAAGCCGCUGGCACGUCACAGCAACGAUGAAGACCUUGAUCGGUUUCUGAGAGAGCAAGAACGGGAGGGAGACCCCAUGGCUGCCAUGCUGCGGAAGAAAAAAGAACGCACAUCCAAGACAUCAGACAAACCUCGCUAUAAAGGGCCGUUGCCACCGAUAAACCGAUUCAACAUAAUGCCAGGAUAUCGCUGGGAUGGUGUUAACAGGUCAAACGGCUUUGAGGAGAAACGGUUCGCACGGAUCGCAGAUAAGAAAGCUAUGCAGGAGGCGGCCUACAAAUGGAGCGUGGAGGAUAUGUGAUUUCUAUAAUUGUGUAGAAUCCAGCUUAUUUUCUAUUGAACUAAUGUAUAUAGUAAAUCACGUGACACUGGUGUUUUCACUGUUUUAUUAAAAGCGUUUUAUUUUC